AUGGAUCAUUUUGCAGUAGCUGAAGAACAAUUAGCUUCCCAGAGACUUAGGCAGAAACUUGAGGAAGUGAAUGUAGCUGCUCAAACUCAUCUUGCCCCUGUUCGAGACCAUGUCAACUACACUCUUCAGAAAGCCUAUUUUAAAUGUGCAUAUGAGUGCUUUGAUAGAAGCAGAAGGCAGGAGGAGAUAACCCAUUGUGUUGAAAAUUGCAGUAUUCCUCUUACUAACGUGCAACAAACGUUUGAUAAUGAAAUGGCAAAGUUUCAGGAAAAGUUGAAUAGAUCUCUGAUGGUUUGUCAAGAUAAGUACGAGGGAGCUAAGCUCCAGCAGAAAACCGGAGCUAUGAAUGUCGUGGUUUCCUGUGCCGAUGAAGCAAUUCAAGACAGCAUUAAGAUGCUUCCUCUUCUUACUAACAAGUUGAAGUCUUCCUUUGGCAUUCGCGACGCACCGGUUCUUCCUAGCAAAAUUUUCUUUUCUCAACAUUUAUGA